CGAAUAACUGUUUAACCAAUUACCGUUAAGGAUCCAUGUUUAAUUCUGUCAACCAACACCAUGGCGGCAAAAAUUUACAGAAUCAAAUUCCCUCUCAACCAAUUGGUUCAUCAUACGUUUGAAAGCUCUUCCAUCAUCAUCAUCAUCAUCAUCAGAUCAAGAUGUCUCGUCAGUCGUCGUCCAAACCAACCGUGGAGGGUUGGACCAGCGGGGUCAUCAACGUAUGCGUCAACGAGUCGGUUCCGACGACAAUCGACACGUCCGUGUUCUGGAAACUGACACGGCCCGAGAACGAAAACGAUCCCACGUUCAUCCAUUACGCUCCUUACUACUGCGUGCAACUAGCUGCCAUCUUGCUCGGCAUCCACCUUGUUUCGGUCAUCCUCAGACCGUUGCACCUCCCACGCUUCUCGAUCGAAUUGCUGGCUGGAAUUUUGAUUGGUCAGGGAUUGCAAACAUGGACUAGGGUUUACGUUGUUCCUACCAGCAGCCUCAAGGUGCUAGACACCCUGGGACAUUUGAGCCUCAUUUACUACGUGUUCCUCGUGGGGCUAGAGAUCGACCUGUCCACCGUCCGACACAUAGGACGGGAGGCGGUGUACACGGGCCUCACGGGGACGAUACUUCCUCUGUUCGUAGGGUUCGUCGAGUUCUUCGCACUGGCAGCGGAUCCAAGACACACAAACUUCUUCACCCCGGAGUUCUGGGAGAAUCUGGCUCCGGUCAAGCUGACCGGGCCCGUCUUCUGGGGGGUCGCCCUCACGGUCACCAGCUUCCCUGACCUCGCCAGGAUACUCUCCGACAUCAAGCUCCUCCACACCGACAUGGGGAAGCUGGCCCUGUCCUCCUCCAUCAUCAGCGAGCUCACGACGUGGAUCCUCCUCGUCGUCGCGCUCACCCUGAACAACGGCACCCUGAACCCUCUCUACCUCCUCCCCACGUUCGCCUUCUUCGCCGCGUCCUGGUUCCUGGUCCGCCCCGCGGUCACCAGGAUCCUCAGGCACGCGGACGAGACGGACAACGAGCUGCUCCUCAACUUCACCAUCUUCGGCGGGAUCUUGACCUCCUCGGUCGUGACCGAGGCGUGUGGCGCCAAUUCGAUGAUUGGCGCCUUCGUGUUCGGGCUCGUCAUCCCCAGGGAUGAUGUGUCCGUGAAGAUCAUGGAGAAUAUGGAGGACAUUGUCAAAGGGGUUUUCAUCCCCGUGUAUUUCUUGGACAAUGGGGUCAGGACCAGCUGGCGUAUCGUCAUCCACCCGGACUUCAAGACGCCUGUCCACACCGUUGUCCUGCUCGUGGUCGUGGCUUGGUCGGCUAAGCUCGUUUGUACUUUUGUUUUCUCCAAGCUCGCGGGGAUGACUACUGGUGAAGCCUUCACUCUUGGAGUCCUCAUGAACGCGAAAGGGCUUCUCGCUUUGAUGAUCAUCAACAAUGGCCGCAACAACCAGGGCUUCAACCAGAUGAUGUUCAUGGUGUUGAUUCUCUCGAUGUUCAUGAUGUCUGUCACUGUGAUGCCCUUGGCCAAAGCGGCGACCAGGUCCAACCGACGGUCCAACCAAUUCAACCGCAGAACAGUGGAGAGCACCAAGCUAGAGUCAGAGCUCAGGAUUCUAACGUGCAUCCACUCGACGCGUAAUUUGUCAGGGAUGAUCAGCCUCCUAGAGCAUUGCAAUGCCAACAAGCACUACCCGAUCUCCGUCUUCGCGGUCCAUCUGGUCCAGCUCACAGAUCGACGCGCCACAGCGAUGCUGAUCGUCCACGACAGCAACGAAUCGCAGCAGCAUGUACUCGAAGGCGGGUCGGGGCAGAACCCGAGCCGUCGGGAGGAAGAGUCGAAGCACAUCACCGCGAGUUUCGAGAGCCUCGAGAGUCGAGGCACCUCGGUGUCUGCUCAGUCGCUCACCGUGGUGUCCCCCUACGCUACGAUGCACGAGGACAUCGGCUGCGUAGGGGAGGACAAACGUGUGGUGCUCAUCCUGAUGCCUUUCCACAGACAAGCCGAUGUUUACGGGAAGUUGCAGGACGGGAAUUUGAACUGGAGGACCGUGAAUGGGAACCUGAUGGCCGCGACUGCUUGCUCCGUAGGUAUACUCGUGGACCGUGGGCUUGGCUCCAAGGACAGGACAGUACAACCACGGUCGUCAUUUGCUGUGAUCUUCGUAGGAGGACCGGAUGAUCGGGAGGCUCUUGCUUUUGGAUGGAGGAUGGCUAAAUCGCCUAAUGUCAAUCUCACCGUCCUUCGACUCCUCCCCACUGACGAUAUUGAUCGCGACGGUGAUGGCAAUGGCAAAGAAGAAGGAUCAGUGGAAGGGGGAAAGGAAGGAGUCGAGAUCGAGAUCAGGAGCAGGAGACACGAAAAGAAGCUAGACGACGAGUAUGUAAACGAGUUCAGGUUCAGGACUAUGCACGACGAAAGCAUAAAUUACAUCGAAAAACAAGCGAAGACAGAGGUAGAGGUGAUCACGACUAUAGCGCGAACGAUCCCAUCUCGCGAUCUGUACAUACUCGGACAGAAUGAGAAUGCGACGCCUUCCAUCAUGUCGGGGUUAUCGGAAUGGGUGGAGCACGACGAGUUGGGUGUCUUGGGGGACACGUUACUGACGUCUGAAUUUGCCGAGCGGUCAUCCCUUCUUAUUAUCAAGCAGCACUAUGUUCCCAGGGCGCGCAUGCGGAUCAGUAACGAUGAUGAUAACAAGGUGAUCAACCGGCCACCAGGGUUGUGGCAACAGCCUUAA